CCGGCUAUAAAUACAGACGGCGAAACCUAGGACGAGCAGGGAGCAAGCAGCACUCCAGCCGCAGUUCUUAACCAAAGGUGAAUCAGAAUUCAGAAGUGUGAUAGGAUCAGGACGCCUGCAUUACUGGGCGAGUCUUCCUUGGCAGUGCUCGCAUAUCUACAGCGCUACAGCUGCAGAGCGGUCGAUCGGCCGGCCACUGCCAAAGGAGAUUUGCCCAGCCAUGCAGCUCUGCGGCCUCAAACUAGCGUGAUCUUGUGCCUGCAUGCGGUGCGUGAUCUUGUUCGUUCCCGUUUCUGCCAAUCCUCCAUUUCUUUCUUCUUCUUCUGUGCAAGCAUGGGCUUGGACGCACGCAGCCGAAGGGUCGACUCCGUUUCCAGCCCAGGAAGGCUCAUGAGGCUUCUCUCCUCCGUCCGGCUCCGCCGCGCCGCGUUCAACCAAAGGUGUCCGGUCCAGCUCGCUCUGAGGCUGGCAAGAGGCCCCACUGGCCAGCUCCCCCUGGGCCCGCUCACGUCGCCCACCCUGAGCUGCCUGGCCUUCCUGAAAAGCCGUGCAAAAGAUGGACUUUUUGGUCACGUCCAGCCGUGCUGCAUGCGCAUUGGCACCGAGCCGUUGCGGCACCGGUAGUCUGCUGGUACGUGGUACCCGACCCAAAUAAAGCGACCAUUUCAAACGGGACACGGCCGGGCACGGGACACCGAGCCAAAGCUCAAGCUGGCGUCCAUGCCGUCCAAGGCCAAAUCCCCCAUCGCUUCCGAUUCUUUUCUGCAAUUCUAGCUGCUAGCUGCGCACCCUGCCAAACCAAACCCACAGGAUCGCGUGCUCUACUUGUAGCCCGAGAAAUGGAGGGGGACGGCAUCUUGGCGGCCAUGGAUUCCCUGUGGUUCCACUCCAACGUCCUCCUCCAUCCGCCUUCCAAGCACAAGCAGGGAGCGUGCGCGGAGGAGCCCAAGCCCGGGCAGCAGCAGGAUUCGGCCGAGACGACCUGCGCUAGCUCUGGCCAGCAGGCUCCCAGCGGCGUUGAGGAGGCCGCACAGGCGGUGGCAACGCGGCGCGGCGGAGCGGCCGCGAGGUGCCUCGGGGACAGGGAGUGGGACGAGCGCGUGGUGGCUUGGCACAAGGAGCUGAGGCGGCGGACGCGCGCCGCCGCGGCGGCCCGGUGCUCGCGGGCGCAGGCCCGGAUGCCGCCGCCCGGGGAAGGCGGCGUGGCCAUGAAGGCGCACAUCAGGUCCUGGGCUCACGCUGUCGCGUGCUCCGUCAGAUAAGCACCCCUCGAUUCAGAAACUUCCGCAGUGUUUGCGCUUCUAUGUCGAAUGCGACACCCAUUCUUUGCUGCAUCUCUGAAUAAACGCAUCUGUUCUGUUCAUGGUUGUGUGCUUGCGGAGCAUUGUGACGAAUCCUGCUGCUCACCUUUCCAGUUUGAUCACAUGAAGCUGAGACAACGAGUUUCAUAAAAUCCCAAGUGUAUGCAUGUGUCCAUGCUUCAGACAAAAUCAUGAUUGUAAGAGAAGCAAGUGCCGCAUUUUUGUGUGCAGUUGUUUCGCGUCUGGGAUUUACAGGUAUGGGCAAUGGACGAACUGAGCUAUCACUAACAGAGG